ACAACCUGGGCUGUCGGUCUGUCGCGCGCAUCCACAUCCAAGGUCCCACCGUGACUUUAGUUGCUAACCAGAGGAAACGUUAGUUUAAAAGAGGUAAAAAUAAAACUUAUUUAUAUUGUAGAUUUUGUGAAAUGAGGAGAGAGACGGACGAGGAGGACGACAAAACAAAAUAGGACGAGCUACCAGAAUCGAAGGAAAAAACGAUUUACAACGUACAACUCAGACUGGGCAAAAAUUGAACUUUUCUGAAAGGGUAAGGCCCGCCCAUGGAGGCCCAUUCUCUGCCACCUGUGCCUGGAGUCCAACUAAAAUAUUAAGGAAAACAGUGCUGGAAAAUCAUGCCUGAACAAAGAAGCACCAGAGUUUUGUAUUAAGCAAACGCAAACAUCUUCCCUUUGCUACUUUUAGUCAAAGCAGAACGUCAACUUAGAUUAAACUUCGAAUUAUCAUGCUGGGAAUUUAAAGCAUUCUUUGAGACAGCAGGGACUUCUGCGGGCAGCAAAACGGGAUGAGACAUACACAUUGAAGAAGAGAAGAAAGAGGCUGGUGGAGAAGAAGAGUCAAAGAGAGGUCCCGAGACAGAAACAGGUGAUGACGAGAGGAACGCUCCCCGUCUCCAUGGCCGUCCCCCCCGGCUGGAACAACUGACCCGUGUGCCUGGAGUAGGAGGGGAACUCGUCUGCGUCCGCCACCCCUGGUGACUACCUCUCCAAAGCAGUGUCCUCGGGCCAGUUCAGCGGCUCCGUCUGGGAUAGGGGGGCGGGAAAGGCAGCGUUUCUGAGAUGGCAUCGGGGGAGAUCACCACCCUCCCCGCCAUACCUGAAGCCGGGGGCAGUGGUGCCUUCCCGCCAGGGAACUUCAAGGAGCCCAAGAGGCUGUACUGUAAAAAUGGGGGCUACUUUCUGAGGAUAAACUCAGACGGGAGAGUGGAUGGCAUCCGGGAGAAGAGCGAUCCCCACAUUAAACUGCAGCUCCAGGCGACCUCAGUGGGAGAGGUGGUGAUUAAAGGGUUAUCAGCAAACCGUUACCUUGCGAUGAGCGAAGAUGGAAGGCUGUUUGGCACGAGACGUGCUACAGAUGAAUGCUAUUUUAUUGAAAGACUGGAGUCUAAUAACUACAACACCUACCGCUCAAGAAAGAAUCCCAACUGGUAUGUCGCCCUGAAAAGGACUGGACAGUACAAGUCAGGGUCCAAAACGGGGCCGGGGCAGAAGGCGAUACUCUUCCUCCCCAUGUCAGCAAAAUGCUGAUUUCUACACGUCAGCGAAGAGCCGCAUACAAAACAAAUUCAAACCCGAACAGGUACUAAAGAGAUGUGAACAUACAAAAUAGACUCCACUAGAUUCCACCUACUCAGCAUCAGUCUCGUCAAACGUUCUUAAGAAACUACUUUCAAAAUAAUGUAAAAAUGACCAUAAUGUGAAGUAUUUUACACUUUCUGAUAUUUAGAAAGUAUCUACAUUUGUGACAUCUCUGUAACAAAAACUGAAUGUGUGAUGUGCAUGCAGCCAGUCGACAGCACCGAUUCAUAAUCUUUGAUUUUGUGAAAUAUUUAGAUAAGAUCCAGACAUAACCAUUAAAAAUCAUCUUCUGA